UUUACGUAAAACAGGAGACACACGAUGUAAACAAGCUCCAUAUUAGCGCAUAUUUAGCGAUGUCUCUUCUAAAGAAGGAUGAAAUAUCUCACGUUGAUAUUUAUAAUUCCAGUUGUGCUGGGUGAAUUCCAUGUAUUUGCUCCAUACCAGGAAGUCAAAGCAGCCGCCCAGUCAACCGCGCUGUUGCCUUGCUUCUUCACUGUGGCAGAGAGUAAAAAUGGACUUAGGUUUGUUAUUAUAAUAUGGAAACACAAAGGCACCGAGUUAAUACAAUACAUGGACAGCAUUGUGAAAAAAUCCAGCCGGACAACAUUGCUGGAAAGUGAGCUACAGAAAGGAAAUGCCUCCUUGGUUAUCAGGAAUGUAGUUUUUGAAGAUGAAGGAGAUUAUGAAUGUGAAGUAACUGAGGCACCAAAUUCAGAAACUAGGAGAAUAUAUCUUCAUGUGACAGUUGCUCCUAACAUCUCAUUAAAGCCACCGUUAGUUGUGGUGGAUCAAAACAACUCACUGGAGUGCCGGGCAGAGGGUUUCUACCCUGGAGUUGUCUCUAUUGAGUGGCUCAGAGACUCCCAGCCCCUUUCAUCCCAGGGCCCUGUAGAGAUUCAGAAUAACCCUGAUGGCAGCUUCACGGCAUCAAACAGUUACACGUUUACACCAACUGUGAGUGAAAUCGGUGGAGUUUUUUCCUGUCUUGUGCAACACUCGUCUCUAAAUGGGGGAAAGGAGGAGAUUCGACUUCACAUCUGCAAGCCUACCUUGACGAUUUCACCCAGAAUCCUAAAGAAAGGGGAGACAAAGGUGUACUGCAAGCUGGAUGGCUGCCUAUUUAGUAAAGUUACUAUGAGAUGGUUGAAAAACGGGUACACGUCUCAUGUUUUAACAUGUGAGGAGAGAAGAGAGUGUAUAAGCAGCACUGACGUCAUCCUGAGUAUACCAAGGAAAGAGUGGGAGGAAGUCUCAUGUGAGGCUGAUUUGGAUGGAAUCAACAAGCCACUCACAGAACAUGCCACGGUGACACUUGAAGGUGUACCAGAGAAGACGGCUUUAGGUGUGGCCCUAAUAGUAGGAUUUAUUGCAGGUUUUAUACUUCUUACCUUAAUUUGUGUUGCCUUUGUGCUAUACAAGGUGUGUAAGAAAUUCCAAAAGCUCUGCUGUUUCUACGAAGGGCAAUGCUAUGUAAAAAAGCAGACAUGGAGGACCAAAAGGAAAAGAAAGCGCAGUUCUCUUACAGAUGGGGCCAACAUGAAGAAUAAGUUGAAACUCAGUAUUUUUGGAGAGACUACAGAAAUACUAAAGAGACAACAACAAUACCAAAUGGAAGAAGCCAACAGUCAUGAUGUCAGAUUCAUUGAAACCCCUACAUGAAGUUCAUAGCUGAAACUGAGAAGUUCAUUCCAGAUGGAAACUCCGUAUCACUCAUCUACACAGAAUACAGUGGGAGUAUGAAGUCAACAGGCCAGUCAUGUAACUAAAGCAGAUGCUUUACCAUCAUUUAAAGUAUGGCUGAAGAUGACAUUGGGUCAGUUUAGCCGAUUAACCUAGUAAAGUAGUCAAGGUCUGAGUGGUGUCUUCUGAAUUGGAAAAUUAAUUUUUUUAUGCAAUGUAAUAAUUUCCUUUUCAGUAUUUGGUCUAAAAUCCCUACUGGACAUUUUGCAGCAAUUAUUAUAUAUUAGUCUUCACAUUAUUGUUUGACAAGCUUGAAGAACAUUUGAACACAGUGUUAAUGAACACGCCAGAAAGAGCGAGUGAUCAAAUAGAAAUGAAAAGCACAAAAAUGGUGUUGACAAAAGUCAGAUGUCAAGUUGAGAUUAGAAGAGCAGAAGAUCAAAUCCAAAUUGAUUGUCAUAUCAAAACGACAAACCAGAAUCAAAGUCAAAAGCCUAAAAACACUAACUGCUCUUUUUCUCUUAAGCCACAGUAAAAGACCCAAUGAGCAAAUAAAAUGCUACUGUGCACCAUCAAUUUAUAAGGGCAGAUUACAAUGAAACAACACAUUCUGUGAUCUUCAAGUCACCAUUUAUAGUAACCAUAAAUGAGAAUAGGGAAGCAUAUUAAUGAAUAAGUAACAAAGAAAUAAAUAAAUCUAUACAAACUUAUAAAACGCAGACAUAUAAUUAGUAGAAGGGUAGCAUCCUUAUAUCCCAGGGGUCUCCAACACGUCGCUUGCGAGCUACCUGUAGCUCGCCACCCCUUUCCAAGUAGCUCGCCAAAGCGUUAAUGAAUCGUACAUAAAUUUGAAAACUUGAUUAGUUAAAUUAGG